AAGGCUGAAACAGAAAAGCAAAGUCCCCCUCAUGGAGAAGCAAAGCCUGGUUCAAGCACUCUUCCACCUGUGAAAUCCAAGACAAGCUUCAUUGAAGCAGACAGAUACUUCCUGCCAUUUGAAUUGGCAUGCCAGUCCAAGUGCCCCAGGAUUGUCAGUACAUCUCUAGAUUGUUUACAGAAACUUAUAGCAUAUGGACACUUGACAGGGAAUGCUCCAGACAGUACAGCUCCAGGCAAAAAAUUAAUUGAUAGAAUUAUUGAGACAAUAUGUGGUUGUUUUCAAGGCCCUCAAACAGACGAAGGGGUUCAGCUACAAAUAAUAAAGGCCUUGCUUACUGCAGUAACAUCUCAACAUAUAGAAAUCCACGAAGGAACUGUGCUACAGGCUGUAAGAACAUGUUACAAUAUUUAUCUAGCAAGCAAAAAUCUCAUAAAUCAAACCACAGCCAAGGCCACCCUUACACAAAUGCUGAAUGUCAUUUUUGCACGUAUGGAAAAUCAAGCACUUCAGGAAGCCAAACAGAUGGAAAAGGAAAGACACAGACAGCAACACCAUUUACAGCAGUCUCCAGUAAGCCAUCAUGAGCCUGAGUCACCUCAAUUGAGACAUAUUCCAGCACAGACUGAUCAGCUGUCCAAAGAACACGAGAGAGAGCUUGACCAUAGCACAAGUGACGUGGACAAGAAUCUUCAAGAAGAUAUAGAAGCAGAAAAUGGAUCUGAUAUUUCUAGUGCUGAAAAUGAACAGACAGAAGCUGACCAAGCCACAGCAGCAGAAAAUCUUUCUAAAGCUGAUGGCGAAACAUAUGAUGGUGAAAGCAAUGACUGUGAAGAGAAGGCACAAGAAAUUGUAGAAAGAAUUGUGCAGGAAAUGGUGAACAUAGUAGUUGGAGAUGUGGAAGGCACUGCAGGUGGUGAUGGCACAAUCGUGACAUUAGAGGAUGGCAGUGACAGUGAAAACAUUCAGGCAAAUGGAAUUCCAGGGACUCCAAUUUCUGUUGCUUAUACACCAUCUUUACCUGAUGACAGAUUAUCUGUCUCUUCCAACGAUACUCAGGAAUCUGGAAAUUCUUCAGGACCUACCCCUGGUGCUAAGUUUUCCCACAUUUUACAAAAGGAUGCCUUCCUUGUAUUCAGGUCACUGUGUAAACUCUCUAUGAAGCCACUGUCAGAUGGACCACCAGAUCCAAAAUCUCAUGAGCUGCGAUCAAAGAUUCUUUCGUUGCAGUUGCUUCUGUCCAUUCUGCAAAAUGCAGGACCUGUAUUCAGGACAAAUGAGAUGUUUAUUAAUGCUAUUAAGCAGUACCUUUGUGUUGCACUGUCGAAAAAUGGAGUCUCAUCAGUUCCAGAAGUUUUUGAACUUUCACUUUCCAUAUUUCUUACCCUCCUCUCAAACUUUAAGACUCAUCUAAAGAUGCAGAUUGAGGUUUUCUUCAAAGAAAUUUUCCUGUAUAUCUUGGAAACUUCUACUAGCUCAUUUGAUCAUAAAUGGAUGGUUAUACAGACGCUGACAAGGAUAUGUGCAGAUGCCCAGAGCGUAGUGGACAUCUAUGUGAACUAUGAUUGUGACUUAAAUGCAGCGAAUAUAUUUGAAAGACUGGUUAAUGACCUAUCAAAGAUUGCUCAAGGAAGGGGUAGCCAAGAACUUGGCAUGUCCAAUGUUCAGGAAUUAAGCUUGAGAAAAAAAGGAUUGGAGUGCUUAGUGUCAAUCUUGAAGUGCAUGGUGGAGUGGAGUAAGGAUCAAUAUGUAAAUCCCAAUUCUCAGACAACACUUGGCCAAGAAAAACCCACAGAACAGGACAGCAAUGAAACUAAACACCCUGAGACAAUUAACAGAUAUGGAAGCUUAAAUUCCUUGGAUUCUACUGCUUCAUCAGGAAUUGGCAGUUACAGCACACAGAUGUCUGGCACUGACAACCCAGAGCAGUUUGAGGUCCUAAAGCAACAAAAGGAAAUAAUAGAACAAGGAAUUGACUUAUUCAAUAAGAAACCAAAGAGGGGGAUUCAAUACCUGCAAGAACAAGGAAUGCUUGGCACUACUCCUGAAGAUAUUGCUCAGUUCUUGCAUCAAGAGGAAAGAUUAGAUUCGACUCAGGUUGGGGAGUUCCUGGGAGACAAUGAUAAAUUUAACAAAGAAGUCAUGUAUGCAUAUGUAGACCAACACGACUUUUCAGGAAAGGAUUUUGUUUCAGCUCUGCGCAUGUUUCUAGAGGGAUUUCGUCUUCCAGGAGAGGCUCAAAAAAUCGAUCGCCUAAUGGAGAAAUUUGCUGCUAGAUAUUUAGAAUGUAACCAAGGGCAAACUCUUUUUGCUAGUGCGGAUACUGCAUAUGUUUUAGCUUACUCAAUUAUCAUGUUGACAACAGAUCUUCACAGUCCACAGGUUAAGAAUAAAAUGACAAAAGAACAGUAUAUUAAAAUGAACAGAGGUAUCAAUGACAGUAAAGAUCUCCCUGAAGAAUAUUUAUCUGCCAUCUAUAAUGAAAUAGCUGGAAAGAAGAUUUCAAUGAAAGAAACAAAAGAGUUAACAAUACCCACAAAAUCUAGUAAACAAAGUGUUGCUAGUGAAAAGCAGAGAAGACUCCUAUAUAAUUUGGAAAUGGAACAAAUGGCUAAAACAGCAAAAGCUCUUAUGGAGGCAGUGAGCCAUGUUCAGGCACCUUUUACUAGUGCAACACACCUGGAGCAUGUGAGACCCAUGUUUAAGUUGGCGUGGACACCUUUUCUAGCUGCAUUUAGUGUGGGUCUACAGGACUGUGAUGACACAGAAGUUGCCUCUCUUUGUUUGGAGGGUAUACGAUGUGCAAUCAGGAUUGCUUGCAUUUUCAACAUUCAGCUUGAAAGAGAUGCCUAUGUCCAAGCAUUAGCAAGAUUUACAUUACUUACAGUGAGUUCUGGUAUUACGGAAAUGAAGCAGAAGAACAUUGACACAAUUAAAACACUCAUCACAGUGGCUCAUACAGAUGGAAACUAUUUAGGAAAUUCCUGGCAUGAGAUUCUGAAAUGCAUCAGUCAACUUGAACUGGCACAGUUAAUAGGAACUGGAGUAAAACCUCGCUACAUCUCAGGGACAGUGCGUGGCAGGGAAGGUUCUUUUACUGGAACAAAAGAUCAGGCACCCGAUGAAUUUGUGGGGCUAGGACUGGUAGGUGGAAAUGUGGAUUGGAAGCAGAUAGCAAGUAUUCAGGAAUCCAUUGGUGAAACUAGUUCCCAAAGUGUUGUCGUUGCUGUAGACAGAAUAUUUACAGGAUCUACAAGGUUGGAUGGAAAUGCUAUUGUGGAUUUCGUUCGCUGGCUUUGUGCUGUCUCUAUGGAUGAACUGCUGUCUGCUACCCACCCUCGAAUGUUUAGUCUGCAGAAGAUAGUAGAGAUUUCUUACUACAACAUGGGCCGGAUAAGGCUACAGUGGUCUCGAAUCUGGGAAGUUAUUGGAGAUCAUUUUAAUAAGGUUGGCUGCAAUCCCAAUGAAGAUGUAGCUAUUUUUGCAGUAGAUUCAUUAAGGCAAUUAUCAAUGAAGUUCUUGGAAAAAGGAGAACUUGCUAAUUUCCGAUUCCAGAAGGACUUCCUGAGACCGUUUGAACACAUCAUGAAGAGAAACAGGUCUCCUACUAUUCGAGACAUGGUUGUACGGUGUAUUGCACAGAUGGUAAAUUCCCAAGCUGCUAACAUUCGUUCUGGCUGGAAAAACAUUUUUUCAGUAUUUCAUCUGGCAGCCUCAGAUCAAGAUGAAAGUAUAGUGGAACUUGCAUUCCAGACUACAGGGCACAUUGUCACAAUCGUGUUUGAAAAACACUUCCCAGCAACCAUAGAUUCUUUCCAGGAUGCAGUGAAGUGCUUGUCUGAAUUUGCCUGCAAUGCAGCAUUUCCAGAUACCAGCAUGGAAGCGAUUCGCCUCAUUCGCCACUGUGCAAAAUAUGUUUCAGAUAGACCUCAGGCAUUCAAGGAAUACACAAGUGAUGAUAUGAAUGUAGCUCCCGAAGACAGAGUGUGGGUGCGAGGAUGGUUCCCAAUUCUGUUUGAGUUGUCCUGUAUCAUCAAUAGAUGCAAAUUAGAUGUAAGAACCAGAGGCUUAACAGUGAUGUUUGAAAUAAUGAAGACAUAUGGCCAUACUUUCGAAAAACAUUGGUGGCAAGAUUUAUUUCGGAUUGUCUUCAGGAUAUUUGACAACAUGAAACUGCCAGAACAGCAGACUGAGAAAGCUGAAUGGAUGACAACUACUUGCAACCAUGCACUUUAUGCAAUAUGUGAUGUAUUCACACAGUAUUUAGAAGUACUCAGUGAUGUUCUUUUGGAUGAUAUAUUUGCACAGCUGUACUGGUGUGUGCAGCAAGACAAUGAACAACUGGCACGCUCUGGUACAAACUGUUUGGAGAAUGUUGUUAUCCUAAAUGGUGAAAAGUUUACCCUAGAGAUCUGGGAUAAAACUUGUACUUGCAUGCUGGAUAUUUUCAAAACCACAAUCCCUCAUGCGCUGCUGACUUGGAGACCGGUCAGUGGGGAGUUUGGCUCUGGAUCUCCCUCGGAUGCAAAAGAAAAACUGGAUACAGUCUCCCAGAAGUCAGUAGAUAUUCAUGAUUCUAUUCAGCCUAGAUCUUCAGAGGCACGUCCGUAUCAGCCCAGCGCAGGGUCCACAGUAGGUGAAGAAAUGACAAAAACCAGGCCAACAGCAAAAUUUCCAGAACAGAAAUUAUUUGCUGCUCUUUUGAUCAAAUGUGUUGUACAACUGGAACUCAUUCAGACUAUCGACAACAUUGUGUUCUUCCCAGCAACUAGCAAAAAAGAGGAUGCUGAGAAUCUAGCAGCAGCACAAAGAGAUGCAGUAGACUUUGAUGUCCACGUGGAUACACAAGAUCAAGGGAUGUAUCGUUUUCUAACAUCACAGCAGCUUUUCAAACUCCUUGACUGUCUGCUGGAAUCUCACAGAUUUGCUAAAGCAUUUAAUUCAAACAAUGAGCAAAGAACUGCUCUCUGGAAAGCGGGUUUCAAAGGCAAAUCAAAGCCUAAUCUUCUGAAACAGGAGACCAGCAGUCUGGCCUGUGGGCUGCGCAUUCUGUUCCGUAUGUACAUGGAUGAAAGCCGGACCAGUGCGUGGGAGGAAGUCCAGCAAAGACUACUAAAUGUCUGCAGUGAGGCUCUGAGUUACUUCCUCACUCUUACAUCAGAAAGUCAUCGGGAAGCCUGGACUAAUCUAUUACUCUUAUUUUUGACAAAAGUCCUGAAGAUAAGUGAUGAAAGGUUCAAGGCCCAUGCCUCAUUUUACUACCCUCUGUUGUGUGAAAUUAUGCAGUUUGACCUUAUUCCUGAACUCCGAGCUGUACUACGAAGGUUUUUCUUGCGGAUUGGUGUGGUUUUCCAAAUAUCCCAACCACCAGAACAAGAGUCUGGAAUAAGCAAGCAGUAGCAGAUAGUGACUGAGUAUUGCUCUGUUUAAAAGUUUAUAUUCCUCAGCUAAAUAAAAGGACUGGGUAGCUGAGCCAUUCUGUUUGGACAUCCAUAAAAAUGGUUUCUUUAUAUGGCAACGUGUAUCCAGGGGUUAACAGUACAGAUGCUUACAACUGUAAUUAAGGCUUGCAACACUCCAGUCCCUCUCUUUCCUGAUGGAUUAUCUCUAUCGGUUUCUCUUGCCUGGCUCAUGCUGAGCACAGAGCCAGGUUUUAGCACAGUCCUCUUGUCAGCACGGGCUGCAAUAUCCUUUACUGUCCUAGACAGCAGUAUAAGCAACAGAUGUUUAUGGCAGGUGUGGAAGUAAAAUGUACCCAAAGAACUAUAUAUGUAAAGGUUUGAUCUUCUGCGAGAAGUACAACUCAGGAGAGCUGUAUUUUGAAGGAUAAAAUGUUUAUAGUGAAAAGAAAAUGGAGAUUAUUGUUCAUGGUAAAAGAUAUCUAGCAACUAUGUCUGAUAUUCUUAUUCUAAGAUUUUUGCACACUCAGGCUGUCUGAGACCUUGGUAAUCAUCCUUCUGUGAAAAAUGUACAGAGAUGCAGGUCUGUAAUAUAAACUCUUUAACACUAUACAGUUCUUCCUGAAUUGUUUUAUUUC